ACCCUUCUCGUCUGUUUACCUCCGUGGAAACGAUGAUGUGAGACCGACACCGCCAGCGAGCGAGUCCGGCUACAGGGAGCGAAGACCCGGGGAGCGAUGGAAGGAAGCUCUCGCGGCUGUGGAGGACACCGUGGUGGACCUCCCGCCUGCUGCAGCCUCGGUUCUCACCCGUGCUACUCUAACGGGCGGCGUUAGCCUCUUAGCAUGCUAGGCUAGGCUAAGCUAAGCUAAGCUCCGGGCGGCUGUGUUUGACCUGAUAUGGAAACCCGUCCACGGGCUCCACCGCCGGGACUGUUCGUUACUUCACUCCGGCUCACCGACGCCCACACGGGGCCACCAGGAGCGGGCGUGUAGAUUAUUAUCGCCGCCGACUCGUCCGCUGUGUGAAACCUGAUUUAUUUAAAAAUUUUUAAAGCUAACGCUGCUUGCUAGCAAAAACUGUCCGGCCUGGGAUGGAGCCGGGCGACUUGCGGGAGAGCCCCGCCGGGUCCGGGGAGUCCGACGCCGGGGACUGGAGAGAGGGUAUCCCCGGCGGGGACGGCGAGGAGGAGGAGGUCAAGGCUUCCGAAAGCAACGGAACCACACUGGAGGCGGCCCUGAGGGACUCCUGCGGGGAAAGUGAGAAGCAGAAAGGGUGCGGAGAGCCACUGCACAGCCCGUACGAGGAGGAGCUGGACCCCAGGAUCCAGGACGAGUUGGAACAUCUCAACGAAGCCAGUGCAGAAAUCAACAGACUGGAGCUGCAGCUGGAU